AUGAGUGACUUGCUCUCUACUGAUGAGAUAGUUGAGCCUCCACCAAAGAGUCAAUUAAGGCAACAAGACUCAUGGGAUUGGAGGGAUCAUGGUGUUGUUAGUGAAGUGAAAGAUUAGGGAACUUGUCGUAAGUUUCUAUAUCAUGCCCACAUGUAAUAUCAUAUUAAAUUGAAAGUAUAUUUGAAUUUAUUUGUAAGAUUUAUUAUUAUAUGCUUUGAUGGAUACUUUUUCUUCAAUCAUGAUAUAUUCCCAUUAUUAUAUAUUUAGAUAUCUUUGUGGGGGGAUGGCGGAGUAGUGGAAUGGUAGGCUGUAGAAUGCCUAAACUACCCAAGGGAUGGAAAUGGUGGGCAACAAAUAGUGGCUGAAGGAUGGAGGAUUUAAUGAAUUUUUAAAGUAUCAUUUUGCAAGGAAAUUAGGAUUUACAUUUUGACCAAAUAAUAUGACCACAUGAAGUGACUAUUUUUAUGAUUGGCUUUAUUACAAUGAAACACUCAAAGAUAGGAUGCAUGUAAUGUGUAGAAUGCAAAGACCAAGUCAUAUAACUCAACUGUAGUAAUACUCAGAAAAAGAAUUCAUUGAAUGAGUACAAUGAUUUUGAUAGAAUCGGAAAGUACAUGAGUUGAUUUUUUCUGUAUUUAUAAUAUGUACAACUAUUAAAAAUCUCAGAACCAUUGAAUGGAGUUAUAUAGAUUUUGCAAAGGGUGUGUUCUUUUUAUUCAUGUUUUGAUUAAUAAUGUAGCAUACAUAUAAUGAUAUUUUACUGUAUAACCUCAUUUAUCAGUACAAACCUAUUCGAAAUAAAGUCUCACAAUGUUUGUUAACUUUUUUGUGAUUUUAAAGAAUCUUGUUGGGCAUUCACUGCAGUGGCUACUAUAGAAAGCAUAAAUGCACAUGUCACAGGUGACCUAAUUACUCUUUCUGAACAAGAAUUGGUUGAUUGUGAUAUGUUCAACGGUCACUGCAAGCUCGGUUACAUCUCUAACGCUUAUGAGUAUAUUAUAAAAAAUGGUGGUAUUGACACGGAUAUUAACUAUCCUUAUCAAGAACGUAAAGGAGUAUGCAAGAUCGAUAGAGUGGGUAUCGUCUGUAUUUUUUAAUAUUUUCUCAAGAGAUUUGACUUGUUAUUGAUGAAUUCAUUCUUGUAUUUGAAGGAUCAAGUUGUCACCAUUGAUGGACAUGGACGGUGUCCAAAAAAUCAAGAGAGUGCUCUAAAACAUUUUGUCCGUCGACAACCUAUUGCUACUGGUAUUGAUGCAAGUUCAGCAAAGUUUCAGCUAUAUAAAAUAGUAUGACAAAUGACAUUUAAUAUAUAUUUGUCAGUUCACUCUAUGAACCUGAUAUACAUAGGUUUCAAUAUCUGAUUCAUCACUUUAGGGUCUAGAAUAUUUUAAAAUAGUGAUUUGGUUUAUACUAUGAAUUCAUUUCCAAGCAUACUUUGAAAUGCAUUUCUUAUUUAAAACAUGAGACUAGUGAUGUACUCUAUAGUUCUGAUUCAAUAAAUAUGCAAAAAGUGUCUGCUCUUUAAAAUUUAUUUCCAUUAUUGUUCUACAAAUAGUAGAUAACAACAACCCUUCAUGUAUUUAAAUAUUAUUUUCUAUUUUUCUAAUACAUUAGAGUAAUGUGAAUCUUAUGAAAAUCAUAAACACAUUGUAAAUAACUUUAAACUAAUGUGCAUCUUAGGUAUCAUGGUGGGAUUAGUGAAUGGGAAAAUAGUUUCAAAUUUUGUGUUUUGAAUCUUCAUAGAUUGAAUUAUAAUUGUAAGGUUGAAUACAACACCAAUGAGUAAUCUCAUGCAUUUGUAGGGUGUUUUCGAUGGCUUUUGCACAACUCAAGUGAACCAUGCUGUGACCAUUGUGGGAUAUGGUGCGGAUGAAGGCCUAGACUUUUGGUUGAUAAAAAAUUCAUAUGGAAUAAAUUGGGGUGAUCAAGGAUAUGCCAAACUGAGACGCAAUAUUCUUGACCAAAGAGGCAAGUGUGGUAUUGCGAGGUGGACAUUCUAUCCUAGAAAAGUGCGCACUCCAAAGUCAAAUAGAUCACUAUUUAUUGAAGAAGCUAAUACUCUCAAUGAAUGA